GGCAGCUGAGGGCACGGGCUUCAGCGGCGCGCGCGGCGCAUGCGCGUCGGGCCGGCGCGUGCGCGGUAGCGGAGGGGGACGCGGAGCGGAGCCCGGCACUCGGCAACGCUCGGCGGUUUCCGUGCAGGCCAGGCCGCCAUUUUCUCUCAGCCUCCCCGUGCGCGGCUCCUGUCCCGCUGCCCGCGCUCUGUCCUGCUCGGCGAUGGACGGCAUUGUCACUGAUGUUGCAGUUGGUGUGAAGAGAGGAUCUGACGAACUUCUUUCAGGCAGUGUACUCAGUAGCCCGAACUCUAACAUGAGCAGCAUGGUAGUUACUGCCAAUGGUAAUGACAACAAGAAAUUCAAAGGUGAUGAUAAAAUGGAUGGAGCUCCUUCUCGUGUUCUUCAUAUCAGGAAAUUGCCUGGAGAAGUGACAGAAACAGAAGUAAUUGCUUUAGGUUUACCUUUUGGUAAAGUAACCAACAUCCUGAUGCUGAAAGGGAAAAACCAGGCAUUUUUGGAACUUGCCACAGAAGAAGCAGCUAUCACUAUGGUUAAUUACUACUCUGCUGUGACACCUCAUCUUCGUAACCAACCCAUUUAUAUCCAGUAUUCCAAUCAUAAAGAACUAAAGACUGAUAACACACUUAACCAGCGGGCCCAAGCAGUUCUUCAGGCUGUGACGGCUGUGCAGGCAUCAAACGCUCCCAUCAGUGGGACCACUGUUAGUGAGAGUGCAGUGACUCCAGCUCAGAGUCCAGUACUUAGAAUAAUUAUUGACAACAUGUACUAUCCAGUAACCCUGGAUGUUCUUCAUCAGAUAUUCUCUAAAUUUGGUGCUGUAUUGAAGAUAAUCACAUUCACAAAGAAUAACCAGUUUCAAGCUUUACUGCAGUUUGGUGAUCCAGUGAAUGCACAGCAAGCAAAACAAGCCUUAGAUGGUCAAAAUAUUUAUAAUGCUUGCUGUACCCUAAGAAUUGAUUUUUCCAAAUUGGUGAAUUUGAAUGUCAAGUACAACAACGAUAAAAGCAGGGACUACACUCGUCCUGACCUCCCAUCCGGUGAUGGACAGCCAACCCUGGACCCAGCUAUUGCUGCAGCAUUUGCAAAGGAGACCUCUCUUCUAGGGCUUCCUGUUGCAGCUGUUCCAGGAGCUCUGAGUCCUUUGGCUAUUCCAAAUGCUGCUGCUGCAGCUGCAGCUGCUGCUGCUGGCCGUGUGGGAAUGCCUGGAGUUUCAGCUGGUGGCAAUACAGUCCUCCUGGUUAGCAAUUUAAAUGAAGAGAUGGUUACGCCCCAAAGUCUGUUUACCCUCUUCGGUGUUUAUGGUGAUGUGCAGCGUGUGAAGAUUUUAUACAAUAAGAAAGAUAGUGCUCUUAUACAGAUGGCUGAUGGAAACCAGUCACAGCUGGCCAUGAGCCAUCUUAAUGGACAAAAAAUGUAUGGAAAGAUUAUUCGGGUUACCCUUUCUAAACAUCAGACAGUACAACUACCUCGAGAGGGACUGGAUGACCAAGGGCUGACUAAAGAUUUUGGUAAUUCGCCUUUGCACCGCUUCAAGAAACCUGGUUCAAAAAACUUUCAAAAUAUAUUCCCUCCUUCUGCAACACUUCAUCUGUCCAAUAUUCCACCAUCAGUAGCAGAAGAGGAUCUACGCACAUUGUUUGCUAACACUGGAGGCACUGUGAAAGCAUUUAAAUUUUUUCAAAGAGAUCACAAGAUGGCACUUCUUCAGAUGUCAACAGUAGAAGAAGCUAUUCAGGCUUUGAUUGAUCUUCACAAUUACAAUCUCGGAGAAAGUCACCAUCUGAGAGUUUCUUUCUCUAAGUCAACUAUUUAAAAAGGCAGAUAGAGAAUGAAGGUGUAUUGCAUUGUUUGGUGUUGUCACCUUUUGACUGUUCAGGAAAGUGGGGACCAGAGUUUGUCUUCUGUUUUUUUAAUUUUUUUUCAUGCUGUUAUCAUUCCUCAAUUGUUUUAAAAAUAAAAAAAUAAAAAAAAAGAAGAAAAA